AUGGUAAGAGAUUGGAUAUCAUUAAUGGAAUUGUUUUAAAAAUUAAUUGGACAUUUAGAUCCUAGAGAUUGUUUAUUAGUAAAUAAUAAUGAUAAUCUCAUUAUAUCAUGUAGUCAUGAUUGCACAAUUAAUUUUUGGAUUAAAUAGAAAUAAUGGUUUUGUUAACAUAAAAUAUCUGAUCAUUAAGAUUAAAUAUAUUCAUUAAGCUUAAAUGAGCAAUAAAAUAAAUUGAUUUCUUAUUCUAAGAUUCAUAAAUUUUAGUUAUAGAAUAAUCUACAUAGGAUUAAUAAUGGUAUGUUACAUAAAAGAUAAAAGUGGAUUAGUUUGGAUAUAGGAUAUGUUUUAUUAAUGAUAACUUUUUCAUAUUCUAAUCAUAAUAUUAUGAAUAAAUGCGUGUGUAUGAAAUGGAUAGUCAUAGCUAUAUCUAUAUGA